AAAGACGGGGCCUCUGGCCCGCCUGCCCGUCCCCUUCCCCAGCUGCUGGCCGCACCCCGCCCUGUACCGACUGGCCUCCAGGAGGCUGAGGCCCGCGGGCUGAGACUCCGCCCUUCCUGCCAACAGGACCGGUUUGUGGGGGCCCCUCCGCGGAGUCACCCUUUCCAUGGAGGAUGCUGGCAAGGACGCCACCAGAUUCACUGCCCAUUCUCUGCCCAGUGACCCCCGGCUCUUGGCCACCGUGACCAAUGCAUACUUGGGCACACGCGUGUAUCAUGAGACACUGCAUGUGAGCGGUGUGUACAAUGGGGCUUUGGGGGAUACCCACCGGGCCAUUCUGCCCAGUCCCCUCAAUGUCCAGCUGGAGGCCCCUGCAGGGACAGGAGAGCAGUUAACCAAGACCUAUGUUCUGGACACUAACACAGGCUCCUUCCUGCACACCCUGGAGGGCCCCAGCUUCCGUGCCUCCCAGCGCAUCUAUGCCCACCGCACACUGCCUCAUGUCCUGGCCUUCAGUGUGUCCAUCACCCGCCUGGCCAAGGGGAGCUGGCCCAUCACAGUGCGGCUGCAGUCAGCCUUCUCCCCAGAAAGUCCGGACCUGGACCUGCAUCUGGGUCCUGACUUCCAGGGAGCCCGGUACCUGUAUGGGCGCACACUCACCCCUGAGCAGCCUGGGGGCGCACAGCAGGAGGUGCAUGUGCUGUGGACCCCAGUGCCCCCUGCCUUGACCCUUGGAGAAGGGCAGGAGGAUGCGACAUGGGAGUUCCUGACGGUGGUGGGUGGCAGCCAGGCUGAGGCCCAGGUCUGCCUCGCAGAGGCCCUGCAGCUGCAGGCCAGGAACGCUCUCUACACGGCCCACGCCCAGGCCUGGGCCCAGCUCUGGGCGGACUGUGGCCUGGAUGUGGAAGGGCCGCUGGCCCUGCGCCAGGCCCUGCGUGGUGCCCUCUACUACUUGCUCAGCGCCCUGCCCCAGCCCGGGGCCCCAGGAUACGUCUGCCAUGGCCUCAGCCCCGGGGGCCUCUCCAAUGGAAGCCGUGGGGAAUGCUACUGGGGCCAUGUCUUCUGGGACCAGGACCUCUGGGUGCUCCCCGGUCUCCUGCUGCUCCACCCGGAGGCCGCCAAGGCUCUCCUGCAGUACCGCAUCCGGACGCUCAGCGGGGCCCUGGACAACGCCCGGAGCCUGGGCUACCAGGGAGCCAAGUUUGCCUGGGAGAGCGCGGGCUCUGGCCUGGAGGUCUGCCCUGAAGCCAUCUACGGGACCCAGGAGAUCCACGUCAACGGGGCCGUGGUGCUGGCCUUCCAGCAGUACUACCACACCACCCAGGACUUGGAGCUCUUCCGAGAGGCUGGUGGCUGGGACGUGGUCAGGGCCGUGGCUGAGUUUUGGUGCAGCCGUGUAGAGUGGAGCCCUGAGGAGGAGAAGUACCACCUGAAGGGAGUCAUGCCACCCGAUGAGUACCACCCAGGGGUCAACAACUCUGUGUACACCAACGUCUUGGUCCAGAACAGCCUGCGCUUUGCUGCUGCCCUGGCCCAGGACCUGGGGCAUCCUGUCCCCAACCAGUGGUUGGUGGUGGCUGAUAAGAUCAAGGUGCCCUUUGACUCGAAACUGAACUUUCACCCUGAGUUUGAUGGGUACAAACCUGGAGAGGAAGUGAAGCAGGCAGAUGUUGUGCUCCUGGGGUACCCUGUCCCCUUCCCCCUGAGUCCCCAUGUUCGCAGGCAAAACCUGGAGAUUUAUGAAGCUGUGACAUCCCCCCACGGUCCCGCCAUGACCUGGAGCAUGUUUGCGGUGGGCUGGAUGGAGCUGAAGGACCCAGGGCGGGCAUGGGCCCUCCUGGAGAAGAGCUUCGCCAACGUCACAGAGCCCUUCAAGGUGUGGACGGAGAAUGCAGACGGAUCAGGUGCUGUGAACUUCCUGACAGGCAUGGGGGGCUUCCUGCAGGCAGUGCUGUUUGGGGUCACAGGGUUCAGAGCCUUCCCUUCCCCAAGGAUCACCUCGGCUGGUCUGACCUUCGACCCCACGUGUCCGGUGGGGGUCUCUGGAGUGUGUGUCUCUGGCAUCUCCUACCAGGGGAGCAGGCUUAACUUCUCCCUCUCUGCGGGCUUCGUGACAGUCGAGGUCAAGGCCCGGGCGGGACGCUGGGCCCCCUCUCUGGAAGCCGAGUUGUGGCCGUCGCGGACUCGGCUGCCCCUGCCUCCAGUGUAGGACCAGCGCCCAAGAAGGGGCAGAACUCCGCCUCCACCCCAGGACCCUCCAGCACAGCCUCUGUCUCGGGCUGGCUCAGAGCAACACACACUCGGCACGGGCCUGGGGCACCGCCGGCCUGCAGCUGGGACUCAUCCCUGAUGGCACGUGGUGGAGACAGCUCGGCCAACUGUCGGCUGUCACAGGAGGGCGGCCACUCCAGCGGCUCCACAGAGACCUCCACCCCCAGCCCAGGACGGGUGGGAGGGGACCGUGGGUGGGGUGCUCAAAGCCCUGAGCCACCCUGUGGUUAAGGCCCCUGCAAUUAGCCCGCCCUGUCAUUGGCCUGGCCACAGCACAGCCCCCAGGGCCUCGCCCCAGCCGCAGAGUGUGCAUGUGUGUUUAGCAGCCCCCUUCUCUGGGUCUGGUAGGGGGCUGCAUGGGGAGGUAAAAUGAUACAAGAACAUGCACAUGUGCCAAAGACACUUAGAAAUGUCCUCACCCCAAGUGUCUUCCUCUCUGUACAAUCGUGUGUGUGUGGGGGGGUGCUCCUGUGCAUGUGUGUGAUGGGCAUGUGCAGAGAUGGUGGUGUGACCGUGCCUGUCUGCUUGUGUGUCCAGCCCCCUUGAUCCAGGAGGGAGGGAACCCACUGCUGGGACGACGAUCAAUCAGAAUUAAAGGACUGUGAGGUCAGGAGGACAGAGUGACACAAAGAAGGAGGUCAGCAAAGGCCCAGCCACAGACAGGAAUGUGCAGGACAAGGACGGAUCUCACUGGCCAGUGAGAUCUCAUUUAACACGCGUGCGCACGCGCUGACUCGGGGAUGGGCACACACGUGGACUCGGGACUCACCACACAUGUUCUGGAAGAGAGGCCACUAAACCACAGCAUGGCAGAGAUCAAAAGCCCAAGUUCCCCAACUUCAUUCUAAAAUACUCAGGCGCCUCCGCCCAGAAGCCGCAGGCUGCCUGGUGCCUGAGCAAAG